GAAAUAAUUUCUCAAUCUGGAACAGACACACAGAGUUCUCCUUCAGUGUAAAGUGGUUGAACAAUGGAACUUAUGAGAGUUACACAGGUUUGCUUGCUUUACCUUCAAGCUUCCAACUUUUACAUAGCAGGCUUUGCUGCUCAAGACUGUACUGUAACUGUCAAUCAAGAACCUUUCAUUGAAGGUCACUUGACCAACAACGUGACCAUCAACUGCACUUUCAUUUCCAAUUGUGUGGACACACCUAGUGUGCUGUGGUUCAGGAUCAACAGCAACAGAACAACAAAUCUGUGCUCAGGAGCCUGUUCAGGUACACCGUCUAAUGGGAGGUUUAUUCUGGCAGAUGCAAGUUCUGGUGGCAAUGCUGCCUUGAGAAUUCAGCAAUUGACCCAGGCUGACAAUGGCAUGUAUUAUUGUGGUGUCGGCUUCCAGAAAUCCACUUCCAUCAAAUCCAAGCAAAUGGGAAAUGGUACAAUGCUGGUGCUCAAAGGAUCUACUGACACAGGAUCAAAUGAAUUGCUGCAAUCAACACUGUUAAUCAUUCUCACCCUAUACACCAUCUGCAUUACCAUUCUCCUUGUCCAAACCAUCAGAUUGGUGCAAAAGGCUAAUUCCAAUCCUAACCACAGCAGAAACAACCCAAGUGAAGAACAGAAGAGCCGAGCCUUCAAGGAGCUCGCUCAGGAAUUCAACAAAAAGUACAUUCAUAAAAACCAAGAGGUAGAAGUAAGUGCAGAAAAGGAAGAGGCACAACCCCAUAAUGACAGAAUCUAUCAAAAUGCCUGAGGGUUCAAUCAUCAAGCAACUAAGAUAAGAAUGGAAUUCUCAGGACAGUGUUAAUGGACUUUCACGUGGAAAAUGAUAAUAAAGGAAGCUCUCAGUUAACCAGCAGGAAGCAAUGCAAGGAUGACCUGUGUGUUAAGAUUUCAAUCUGUGUUUCAUUCUUGGUGACCUUGUCAUAUCCAGACAGCAUUGCUCUCCUCUUUCAAACUACUCUUUGAACUAAUUAAAUUCAGAUCUGAAUCCUGAA